UUUAAUAUAACGCCUACAAAAUGCUGAGUGCACUUUGCAUAUUCUAUAUUGGUUUAUGUUUGAUCAUUGGCUUUUUAUUUAGACAACUGCGAAUACCUUUGAAAAUAUUGAAAGUACAACUGUGUAAUAAUAGGAAUUCAAAAUACAGUCUAAAGGAGCGUUUUGGUUCAUGGGCGGCAGUUACCGGCAGCAGCGAUGGCAUUGGCAAGGAAUAUGCCAAGGAAUUGGCGCGACAUGGAAUCAAUGUAGUUCUAAUUGCGAGGAACGAAGAGAAACUCAAGGCCGUUGCCAAUGAGAUCAGUCAGGAGUCCAAAGUCGAGACGAAGAUUGUCGUGGCGGACUUUACACAGGGUCCAGAAGUGUACGAACACAUUGAACGUGAAUUGGCCGACACACCAAUAGCCAUUUUUGUUAACAACGUGGGCAUGAGUUUGCAAGGUGCGAUUUAUGCACACACCAAAGAAGAUGUCCAGAAAUUGAUUGACACUAACAUUGUGGCUGUCUCACAACUUUCGCGCUACUUUUUCAAGCGGUUGCAAGAUUCUCACAUUAAGGGAGCCAUUGUUAAUCUGGGUUCUGUGAUGGAACAUCAACCAGCACCAUUUGGAGCUAUGUAUGCUGCCUCCAAAGCUUACAUUCGCAGCUUUACCCUGGCAUUAGGCGACGAGGCAGCUAGAUACGGGAUUCAUGUGCAGCUUCUCUCGCCCGGCUUUGUGGUGACCAACAUGAACAACUUUUCCACUCGCUUUAUGAGAGGAAGUCUGUUCGUCCCAACUGCGGAUAUGUAUGUUCGUAGUGCUGUUGCUCAGUUAAGGGCUUGUGUUAUUGAAACUUCGGGAUACGUCUGGCAUCAGGUUCUGUAUGCAGGCUUAAUGCUCUUGCCAUGGAGAUUACGUCUGCUUAGCAUCCGACUAGUAUGUAAAAAUGUUUCUGACAAACAAUUGGAAUAGAAGCACAGCAUACUUUUGGGGGUAGUAAAAUAUAGAUUGUUUAAAUGGUUGUUGUCUUGGCUACACGCAGUCUCAACUGCUAAUGCCUAAGGUGUUGUGCAACAUGUUGAAGACGUUUUUAAUAGUGUUCUUUAAGAAAUUUAAUUUAUUAUAAGUUUUAUUUUUAAUGAACUCAAAACAUACAUUUACAUUGCAUG